AAUGACUAGAAGAAACCAAACUGUCAUCUCCCAGUUCCUUCUCCUGGGCCUGCCCAUCCCUCCAGAGCACCAGCAACUGUACUAUGCCCUGUUCCUGUCCAUGUACCUCACCACUGUCUUGGGGAACCUCAUCAUCAUCAUCCUCAUCCUUCUGGACUCCCAUCUUCACACACCCAUGUACUUGUUUCUCAGUAAUUUAUCCUUUGCUGACCUCUGCUUUUCCUCUGUCACAAUGCCCAAGUUGUUGCAGAACAUGCAGAGACAAGUUCCAUCGAUUCCCUAUGCAGGUUGCCUGGCACAAAUAUACUUCUUUCUGUAUUUUGGAGACCUUGGAAACUUCCUCCUGGUGGCCAUGGCCUAUGACCGCUAUGUGGCCAUCUGCUUCCCCCUUCAUUACAUGAGCAUCAUGAGCCCCAGGCUCUGUGUGAGUCUGGUGGUGCUGUCCUGGGUGCUGACCACCUUCCAUGCCAUGCUGCACACCCUGCUCAUGGCCAGAUUGUCAUUCUGUGAAGACAAUGUGAUCCCUCACUACUUUUGUGAUAUGUCUACUCUGCUGAAAGUGGCUUGUUCUGACACCCAUGAUAAUGAAUUAGCAAUAUUUAUCUUAGGGGGCCCUAUAGUUGUACUCCCUUUCCUUCUCAUCAUUGUAUCUUAUGCAAGAAUUGUUUCCUCCAUCUUCAAGGUCCCUUCUUUUCAAGGCAUCCGUAAAGCCUUUUCUACCUGUGGGUCUCACCUGUCUGUGGUGUCACUGUUCUAUGGGACAGUCAUUGGUCUCUACUUAUGUCCUUCAGCUAAUAACACUUAUGUGAAGGAGACCAUCAUGUCUUUAAUGUACACAAUGGUGACUCCCAUGCUGAACCCCUUCAUCUACAGCUUGAGGAAUAGAGACAUAAAAGAUGCAUUAGAAAAGAUAAUGUGCAAAAGACAAAUUUCCUCCUUCCUAUGAU